AUUGCAUGCCGGUAUGAGGUUUCCGGUGUUAUGGCGACCAGCUACAUCAACGCUUCAGUGAGGAGAAUAGCAAGCAGUGAAUUCAGGGUGCUGUGAAGAGAGGCGAUUAUCUCACAUGUCUGUGUGAUUCUGACUAUGCUGCUGCUGGUAGCGCUGGGCAUAGUCGUUUCUUCCACUGUGGUCGCCGCUGAGGAGGCUGAGAACGCUGACCACAAACCAGCACCGCUGCUCAACUACAGCAGCCUCUCCCUGCCGCCAGAGCACAUACCCUACUUCCUCCACAACAACAAGAGAGUGGCCAAGCACUGUCGCCAGGACCCACUCUGCCCAUUUAAAGAUGCACUUGUGGAUGUGUCUGCCUGCUGGGGUUAUGAGAAAAACUGUGAUCCAGAAAAGCGAUUUGGCUAUCCUGUCUGCACCAAAGCUGACUCUGGAUGGGCCCGUUCAGUGGAGGCAGCCCAGGAGCUGUUCUGGAAGCAAGCUGAUUUUGGUUAUGUCAAGGAGCGCCUCUCUGAGAUGAAAACACUCUGCAAGGCCAGCGAGCCAGGGGACUCAUCGUUGAAAUGCAGUAGCCACACUCGGUUCUGUAAGGCCACAAACCUUUACCUGGACUUGCGGAAGCCUCGCAGAAGUCAUGAGAGAUACAAGGAGGACUUCAUUCAAAAGGGGGAGAUUGGUGGUCAUUGCAGUCUCAACAAGCGAGCGCUGGCGGCCGAGGGAGAGCACAAGAGUCCCUUGCAGUCUUGGUAUGCUGAACUGCAGACAUACACAGAGCUGGACUUCCAUCCCAUUGAGGAUGGACACUGUGAUCUCAUCAUAGAAAAACCUACUGUGUUCAUGAAACUGGAUGCAGGGGUGAACAUGUACCACCACUUCUGUGACUUUGUCAACCUGUACAUCUCCCAGCACAUUAACAAUUCCUUCAGCUCAGACAUCAACAUCCUCAUGUGGGACACGAGUUUUUAUGGGUAUGGAGAUCUGUUCAGUGAAACAUGGAAGGCCUUCUCAGAGUAUGACAUCAUCCAUCUGAAAACUUAUGACUCUAAAAGAGUGUGUUUCAAAGAUGUCUUCUUCUCCCUCCUCCCAAGAAUGAGAUAUGGCUUGUUUUACAACACUCCUCUGAUCUCAGACUGCCACAGUGAAGGGAUGUUCAGGGCAUUCUCCCAGCAUGUCCUUCAUCGACUCCACAUCCCACAGGAGGGACCCAAGGAGGGGCGUGUUCGUGUCACGCUGCUGGCACGCAGCACAGAAUACAGAAGGAUAUUAAACCAAGUGGAGCUGGUAAAUGCCCUCAAGACCGUGCCUAUACUGGAGGUCAAUGUGGUGGACUACAAAUACAAGGAUGUUCCGUUCCUGGAGCAGCUGAAGAUCACCCACAACUCUGACAUCUUUAUAGGGAUGCACGGGGCGGGCCUUACACACCUCCUCUUCCUCCCUGACUGGGCCGUCAUCUUUGAGCUAUAUAAUUGUCAGGAUGAGAGCUGCUAUCGAGAUUUGGCUCGGCUGCGGGGCAUCCGAUACGUGACUUGGCAGAAAAUGGACAAAGUGCUCCCACAGGACAAGGGUCACCACCCCACCCUUGGGGACCACCCGAAGUUUACCAACUACUCCUUCGAGGUGGAGGAGUUCAUGCACCUGGUGCUGGAGGCAGCCAACUAUGUCACACAUCAUCCCAAGUGGCAGUCUCGACCCCUUCACGUUGAGCUCUAGAGGCUCCAGAAGAAGCAGUGUGCUCAGCUGUAGAGGAACUUUAACACUCGACUGAAACAGAGCCGUCUACAAACAUGAAUUCAGCACGAUCAAAAGACACUUUGACACUGCAGUGAUGUGAUGUUUUGAGUUUUAUUAAUUUUAAAUAUUGCUGGUGGAUCUCAUUGGUCCCUUGUCUGCUUCCUAACACUGUUUUGAUUGGGCUGGAUGACGUGAAGCAGCAUGGCGGACACCUUGGUUUUUGAAUCACUUCCACUGGUUCCAUUAGUGUCAGAUCAGCUAAAGAACGAGGUGUGUGCAGUCGAGGCAUCUGGAGAGCAAUGAGAUGCGUCCUAUGUUUCUUCAUUACCUCCGCUGCGUCUACUUCAUUCCACGCAGACAAAGUUAGCUAAUGAGCAGCUGUUACGGCAUCCCUUCACAUGCGACAUCUUGUCACAUUUGAUCAGUGUCACCUUGAUGUGAGCCUCUUCAGAGCUGUUGACAAGCACGUUGGGGUUUGUGAGCGUAUUCAGCCUGAAACACACUCCUAUCCUAUCCUACUACAUCCAGUCCUUAUAUACUUCUACCUUUAGUUUAUUGCAAAGGGUUUUAUUGCAGUUCAUGGACAAAUAGCUCUUGGCGUUUAAAGGUGUACAAACUUGAAACUGAAAAUUAAGUGACAACAGAACGUAAGAGAGACACUACUAGUGCCAAGGGACAUUUUGUAAUAGAUCGGUGUUUGUGUGGGUGUGUGUAUGCGCAUCUGUGUGUGUGUGUGUUUCAUUGUCCUCAUACAUUAUCAAGUAUUUGUUCACGAAUUACAACACUCCAUGGUGAGAUCUCAUGAUGUUCAUGAUCAUCAACAAUCAUUAUGAACAUGAUGAUCCUUUUGUUAGCUCCAUCAGACUGUUAGUAAGGCCAGCUAGGCUUGUCAAACCCACCGUUUGUUAUGUCUUCAUCCAGUUAACAUGGUGUUCUUUUACACUUUAACACUCCUCACAGUUCUAGUGGUUUGAUAAAAUAUGUCAGUGAUACAGAUGUCUGUUUUAUUAAGAGAGAAUGUAAACUUCAGGGACCUCACCAGUCAAGGGAAAUGCAAUCUCAGUAUAGCCUAAUGAUGAUGCUGCCAGCUGUCACUUUGUCAAAAGUCUUUUCAGUGCAUGUGCGUUUUAUACUGUAAAUUGGUCUGAAAGGAAAUAAGCACAAAUUGCAUGCAAUCUGAUGCAAUGCACAGGAGUGUGCUGAGAGAUCAGAAGAUCAUUUUCUUGUUUCUUGGCCUCUCGUCAAGCUUGAUGUUUUAUUUAUCAAUGGAACCAAGUUCAACUGAAUCAGACCUUUUUGGUCAGUGUAUUACUAGACUUGUGGGUGAUUUCAUAUUCAAAAGCCAUGUAAUAUUUUGAAAUAAAUUCAAAAAAAUGCUGAA